GGGCGAUCAAGAGAGCGAGAGAAAAGAAAAAUAAAAGAAGCUCACAGUCAGACGUUAAAAUUAAUAUUAAUAUUAAUAUCAGAGACAUCAUUCGCUUACGUUUGGUCGCGUUCUGCGUAACCGUUUCACGGUUUGCAGGAUCCAUUAUUUUUUCAUUUAUUCCGGACAUCGUCAUCGUGGCCCUUCCGUCGCUGGCAGUCGUACGAAGCAGAUAUUUACGUUGGAAAAGGUAGGGCUCGAAGGAUUGCAAACCUGUGUCAAGCUACAAGUCGGCGGCAACCCUUGUGCGACCACGCAGGAUAGCGUGUGUGCAAACGAGAGAGCGAACGAGUACAAAGUGAAGCAAAACAGCGAGCUAGCGAGCCACAACGAUCGGCGGAAAACCAGCCUAGGAGCACAGCAAAAAUGGAUGUUUUCAUGAUGAUCCGACGGCAGAAGACGACCAUUUUCACCGACGCCAAAGAGACAACACCGGUCUACGAGCUGAAGAAGAUGAUCGAAGGAAUUCUCAAAGUGCCUCCCCGUGACCAGCGGCUCUACAACAAAGACAACAUGCUGAUGGACGACGAAAAAACGUUGCAGGAUUGUGGUAUCACAGUAGUAACGGCUAAGGCGCAGUGUCCCGCCCAGCUCGGAUUGGCAAUACGGGAAAAUGGUGAUUUUGAAUCGCUCGAACUGACACCUUACUCGCUGCCGCCGGAUCUACCGGAUGUGAUGAAAAACCAGGACACCGCCAAUGGUCAGGAUCAGCUUGUUUGAGGCACCGGGCGGCCCUCCAAUUAAGGAAGGAGAGGCACAGAUGUAGGCUUUUUGUUUGUUUGUUUCUAUCUCCUAUCGCUACCACAUCAAAUACUACGUAACAUGAACCCUCUCGGGCAUGUUAUAACAACUUCCGCAAGUUCCGCCCACUAAACGGCAAUUUGUCAUCCUGAGCAACGUAAGAUUAGAGACAUCCUUUCACAUUCGGUACGGACAAGGAGGAUGUUCCCCCCAAUCCUUGUCUCCGACUCUUUAUUUUCUUUCUAUUCUUCGGGUAAUUUUAUUCGUACGGUUUUGAGUAAUUAAAUUAUGGAAAAUGAAACUAAAGUCCCAAUAGUC